AUGUCGGUCAAUUUGAAUCAAAAAUUCCUAAAGUACAUGGGGUAUAUAUAAAUCACCACCCUUCCACACCAAAACUUAGAUCUUCAAAGCUCGUUCCUUGUUAACCCACAAAAAAAAAAAAAACAAAACAAACAAAACAAACAAAGCUCGUCCCAGGCUUUUUAAGCAAGAAAAAGGAUGGGGAAGAAGAUAUGCUGCAUUGGUGCUGGCUAUGUUGGUGGCCCUACAAUGGCUGUCAUUGCUCUCAAGUGCCCUGAAAUUGAAGUUGCUGUUGUGGACAUUGCUGCCCCUCGGAUCAAUGCAUGGAACAGCGACCAACUUCCUAUCUACGAACCUGGUUUGGAUGAUGUAGUGAAGCAAUGCCGAGGGAAGAAUCUCUUCUUCUCCACUGAUGUGGAAAAGCAUGUUUGUGAGGCUGAUAUUGUCUUUGUUUCUGUUAACACCCCUACUAAGACUCAGGGUCUUGGAGCUGGCAAAGCAGCAGACUUGACUUACUGGGAGAGUGCUGCACGAAUGAUUGCUGAUGUGUCAAAAUCAAGCAAGAUUGUUGUUGAAAAAUCAACAGUCCCUGUUAAAACAGCUGAGGCCAUCGAGAAGAUCCUCUCACACAAUAGCAAAGGCAUUGAUUUCCAGAUCUUGUCCAACCCUGAAUUUCUUGCUGAGGGAACUGCCAUCGAGGACCUUUUCAAACCCGACAGGGUUCUUAUUGGAGGACGGGAAACCCCUGAUGGUGCUAAGGCAGUGAAAGCACUGAAAGACGUUUAUGCUCAUUGGGUUCCUGAAGACCGAAUCAUUUGCACAAAUCUCUGGUCAGCUGAACUCUCAAAGCUUGCUGCAAAUGCUUUCUUGGCUCAGAGAAUCUCCUCUGUGAAUGCCAUGUCAGCACUUUGUGAGGCAACUGGAGCAGAUGUGACCCAAGUUUCUCAUGCUGUUGGUAAGGAUACCAGAAUCGGAUCAAAGUUUUUGAAUGCUAGCGUGGGGUUUGGUGGGUCUUGCUUCCAGAAGGACAUUUUAAACUUGGUGUACAUCUGUGAGUGCAAUGGACUUCCUGAAGUGGCUCACUACUGGAAGCAGGUUAUCCUGAUGAAUGACUACCAGAAGACUCGUUUUGUUAACCGAGUCGUUGCUUCAAUGUUCAACACUGUAUCCAAUAAGAAGAUUGCAAUCCUUGGGUUUGCAUUCAAGAAAGAUACUGGUGACACUAGGGAAACUCCAGCUAUUGAUGUUUGCAAGGGGCUAUUGGGGGACAAAGCUCAGCUAAGCAUCUAUGACCCUCAGGUCUCUGAAGAUCAGAUCAGGAAGGAUCUUACAAUGAACAAGUUCGAUUGGGAUCACCCGGCUCAUCUUCAGCCUUCGAGCCCUACUGCCAUCAAGCAGCUUAGCGUUGUUUGGGAUGCUUAUGAAGCCACCAAGGAUUCUCAUGGUAUUUGCAUUCUCACAGAGUGGGAAGAAUUCAGAAACCUCGACUACAACAAGAUCUAUAACAACAUGCAGAAGCCUGCAUUUGUCUUCGAUGGGAGGAACAUUGUGGAUGCAGAGAAGCUGAGGGACAUCGGAUUUAUCGUCUACUCCAUUGGUAAGCCGCUCGAUGCUUGGCUUAAGGACAUGCCUGCCGUAGCUUAAACGAAGUGAGCUUGAAACUAUUCUUUAUUAGCUUUAUAUGGUAGUUUCUCUUACUAUUGGAUAGUAGAGCAGGAAGAUUUUGAUUUUCUAUAUGUUUGUUAUCUUGUCUGUUAUAAUCAGCCUUUCUGAUGUUUGCGGUUUUACCGCUAAAUCUCAAAAUGUACGCGGAUCACAGGAUUGUAUGUAGCUCAGAAUUUUAAAUUUGUUAUUUAGUAUUCCUAGUGAUGAUACUAAUAAAUUUAAGCUCUACUUAUAUUUUUAA